UUCAUACUUUAUUAAGAUUAUGAAGAAAAGCAAGCAUUUAUAUAAUAUAUAUAAAGCUUAAUUCGCAAAGGCAAUUAAUAUAAUAAAUAAAUUAAUUAAAUAAAACUAAUUGAAUAAAAAAAUGGAAAGCAAUUCUAAGGAAAAAAUAAAAUAUUUUUAGAUCGAAUACCAAUUGUUCUUAGAAGACAAUUACAGUGUAACUAAAGAUAUUGAUUUGGAAACAGAAUUUUUUUAAAACAUGAACAAAUUUUAUGUCAGCGAGUUUGGAAAAAUCUUAGAGAAAUUGCCAUCCUAUGAAUUGUUUUAGGACUACAAUUUCGAUUUAGAUACGAUCAGUCACAAUACAUGUUUUUUAAUUGGAAGGAAUUGCAAAAAAUGGGACAAUGCUGAAAUAUUCAAUGAAAUAGGGUUUGAAAGAUUAGCAAAAAAGAUCUCUUUAAAUGACAUAAGAUGCAACUAAGCAAGAAUAGGUAAUCAAUUAAAUAAAGAUUCAGCCAAAUAUAAAAAAUUAAAAAAUUUCAAACUAAGGAUAAUAAGAUAAUAUGAUAAAGAUAAUAAAAAAUCUACCAAAAAAUACGGCGAUUUUAUUUUACUUCACUUUUUAUCAUUGUAAGAAUUUAAAAAAGCCAAGAGUUACCAUUCAUCUCAAAAAAAAACCAUAGAUAACUACUUAUAACCUUAAAAAGUGUAGAAAGAAGCAAAAUCAGAUAAAAAUUUAGAUAAUGACAUAUAAUAGUCCCAUAAUUUCUAAAUGAUAUCAAACUAGUAAUCUCAGUUAGACUUAAAUAUCUCAGGUUUCAAUAAAAAUAUUUCAAUAAACUAAAAAAGCUCUAUUGAAAAAAUCAACUGUACUCUUAGCGAUUAAAAUAAAAAUGAGAAACCUUUUAAUUAAUUAAAUGGUAAUAAUCUUAAUAAUUAAAUGGAAUUAGAAUAAAUUGAUGACUUUAAAAGAGAAACAUGUUCUGGUGAUGGAAUAUAUCAAACAGAAAGUGGAGAUUACUAUUAACUUUAGACAAAUCAAAAAAGAAAUUAAGAAAUUCAUCUUUUCAAAUAGGAAAUGAAAAGCAGUUAAGAAAAGUUAUUCAGAGAUAAUUUGAGAUUACAAAACACCUCUUAGAAUCAAAUUUUAACAGAAAAUUUUAAUAAAAAGAUUAAUCUUAAAUCUAAUAAUAAUUAAGCAUAACUGAGGAAAGAAUAAGAAAGCAUUAAAGAUAUUUCAAUCUCUAAUUAAAAUAUAUAAAUGUAUGAUAGUAACAAAUAUAAACCACUAAGCUUUCAGUAAUAAUAAAAUGAUACUUUAUAAAAAAAAUUAGAAUUAAAUGAAGUUGAAAAAAAAUUUAAAAGAUCGAAAGAAGAAUAUAUAGAUUCAGAGAAGGAAAAAAUAGAUACAGAGUAUAAAGUAAUUUUAAAGAAAGUGAAGUGCUUUGAAAACGGGCUUUAAUUAGCAAAACUAGAAUUGGAGACAUUUUUUAAUUAAAACCCAGGCUAUAAUGUUAAAAAUAUGCAAAAUUAACAAUCCAAAAUCUAUUAGAUAGAUGAUUGAUUGAUUAAUUAAAUAUUAAUAAGAAUAUAAAUUAAUAAUUACAUCAGAAAAUAUUCAAAUAAUAACUAAAUUUAAUAGUCACAUAAGAAAAUAAAUGUUUUUAAAAAAAUAAUUUAUUUUUUUUUCUUUCUUUGCCUUUUCUUCUACUAGAAAUUUGUCUCUUUUUUUAUAUUAAAAUACUUUUGUAAUUCGAUUAUCUGAAAUUCAUAUUUGUUAUAGAUACACGCAAACAUUUGACAUUAAUUUUUCGCGCAAACAUUAGACAUUAUUUUUCAACUCAAAGAUUAGAAAUCACCUAAAUCAAUUAACUUGAUCAAAGAGAUGGA